GGCAACGAGGUGAGAGCAGGGCGCGCGCAGCAUCACGACGAUCCUCACAGGAAGGACAAAGAGGAGGAGGAGGCGUGGCACACGAUGGGCGCGUCAUUAACGCACGGGCUCGUGCUGAUGUUUAUAAUGACAAAGAGGCGCGAGACGUUAAACCUGCAGGACUAGUUAGUCUGUGACAACGAGGACCGGCCUCUCCGCUCCGCCCAGCAGCGCCCGGCUGGCUCCACGCUGCCUGAGCGGGCAGAGACACGCACCGUGGCUGCAUGCAGCAGGCACGGAGUCAUAACACGCAAACAGAUAUUGCCACGCGGUGAGCCACGAGCAGAUCUGCGGGAUGAUGAACGGAGAGCGGAUCACAGCAGCCGGAGGAGACACGCAGGGGGCCGCGGGGAGGACGCUCCGGUUCCAACGGCCGCACGCCUCGGUGCCCCAGUUCACCAACUCCCCGACCAUGAUCGUGAUGGUGGGCCUGCCGGCACGAGGGAAAACUUACAUCUCCACGAAGCUCACCAGGUACCUGAACUGGAUCGGCGUCAAAACCAAAGUGUUUAAUGUGGGGCAGUAUCGCAGACAGGCCACGUGCUCCUACAACAGCUACGAGUUCUUCAGACCCGACAACGAGGAGGCCAUGAAGAUCCGCAAGGCCUGUGCCGUCGCUGCCCUCCAAGAUGUGUGUGAGUACAUCACCAGGGAGCAGGGUCAGGUGGUGGUUUUUGAUGCUACGAACACCACCCAGGACCGCAGAGAGGUCAUCCUGAACUUCGCCAAAGAAAACGGCUACAAGGUUUUCUUUGUGGAGUCGAUAUGUGACGACCCCGACAUCAUCGCUGAGAAUAUUAAACAAGUGAAGCUGAGCAGCCCGGACUACGCCGGCUGUGACAAAGAGGAGGCCGUGGCCGACUUCCUGAAGAGGAUCGAAUGUUAUACGAUGACCUACGUCCCCCUGGAUGACACCAAGGACAGGAACUUGUCUUACAUUAAAAUCUUCAACGUGGGCAGCAGAUACCUGGUGAACCGGGUCCAGGACCACAUUCAGAGCCGGAUCGUCUACUACCUCAUGAACAUCCACGUCACCCCGAGGUCCAUCUACCUGUGUCGCCACGGUGAGAGCGAACUGAACCUCGUGGGUCGCAUCGGAGGCGACUCUGGGCUUUCCUCUCGCGGGGCAAAGUUUGCCAGCACUCUGGGGACCUACAUGCGUGGGCAGUGCAUCAGCGACCUGAAGGUGUGGACGAGCCACAUGAAGAGGACCAUCCAGACCGCAGAGGCUCUGGGAGUCCAGUACGAACAGUGGAAAGCUCUCAAUGAGAUCGACGCCGGUGUUUGUGAGGAGAUGACGUACGAGGAGAUUCAGGAGCAUUUCCCCGAGGAGUUCGCACUGAGGGACCAAGACAAGUAUCGCUACCGCUACCCUAAAGGAGAGUCGUACGAGGACCUCGUUCAGCGUCUGGAGCCGGUCAUCAUGGAGCUGGAGAGGCAGGAGAACGUUCUAGUCAUCUGUCACCAGGCAGUCAUGAGGUGUCUGCUGGCCUACUUCCUGGACAAGAGUGCUAACGAGCUGCCGUACCUGAAGUGUCCUCUGCACACGGUUCUGAAACUCACUCCAGUCGCUUACGGUUGCAAAGUGGAAUCUGUCUUCCUGAACAUCGAGGCCGUCAACACACACCGAGACAAGCCGGUGAACGUCGACGUGGACCGAGACCCAGCCGAGGCCCUGGAGACGGUCCCUGAACACAUCUAGGGGAGGACGGCCGGAAGGGAGCUCGUUUUUAUUCACUGAUGGAAAGUGGCCUUUUAUUGUUUUUUAAUUUAAGUAAUCUUAGAGAUCAUCGCUGUUGUGAUUGUUGCUGUUGUGACAGUUUGAAGCUUCACAACACUGAGACAUUUCUCUGUGGUAGCCUCUUUCCGUUGUCGAUGCACUUUAUAACGCAGGGCCGAGGAUGACGAAGGCAACUCUUCUACUGUGAAAAACAAAACAAAGUAGUGCUGAACAUGUGCCGGGGGGUCUGCGUUACCACUCGUGUUUUUACUCCUCGACUCUCCCUCACCUGUACCUGUGCAGUAACCAGUGUCAGUCCGAACCAUCAUUGUAGGAAGCUAUCUGUCCACACAGACGUAGAGAGUUGUUACAGAAGCGAAGCUGAAAGAGCCUUAAAGGACAGGUUGAUAUGAUUUUUAGAAUCACUGAAAACUUUUUUAUUCCUGACAGUAAAACCGUCAUGUUUGCUCUGGUGGUAAAUGUACCAUCAUUUGUAUUCUGAUCUAAUCAACCACUUAAAACCACAUUCACCCAUUAAAACAGGACUUUUCCACCAUCACACCUGUGGGCCUUCUUCCAGGGCAGAAAUCAAACCUCCCUGAGUCGUGUGCUUGGGGCCUCGAUGCUGAUAAAA